AAUGGUGGUACAAAACACCUUUACUGAGCAUGCUCAGAAAUGCAAAAAAGGAAAAGUGCCCACCCUCGCCUGUGGGCCUGCGCAUACUUUGUAUCGAUUUUAAGACUGUGUACUUAUUUCAUAAGCUUGUAGCGAAAAGAUGUUUUCAUAAACAAGUGCUACGUUGAAAUCUGUGCUAAAAAAUAUAUGAUUGGUGGAAACAGACUCCGUAGAUAAGUACAAUUAUGCAGCCGUUAAAAAUGGCAUAACACCGUGCUUCUACAAAAGGAUAUUCGCGUUUUUAAACAGUCUUGGCAGAUUUUUUCCCCCGAGUAAUAAAAAACUAAUAAGCCACCAUGGGAACGGUGUUGAGUUUUAAUCCGCGGGAUCGGCAUCCCAUAUACUCGUCUCAGCCAAAUUUUCAAUAUAAUCACUCGACCGAUAUACGAAACGAAAACGACAGUACUGGUUCAAUUGAUUCACACCUAAAUAACUUCUCGUACGAGCAAUUAAAUAACGCCAAGAACAGGGAGAACAAGAAGUCGGCCUGCCAUCAAAUGUCCAAGAACGUCAUAGGACAGCCUGGUACUUGUGGGGGAGUGCACAUAAACCUACAGACACAAACUCAGCUGAGCUCGCACAAUUUGAACAACUUGACAAAUGCCUCCAAGGAUACGAUUACCAAUGUCCUGGACAGCCACAACGAGAACUCGGUCCUCAAGGCGGAGAAGAGCUCCUUCGAGAAGAACCUGAAGAAGCACUCGAUCUUCAUAAACGCCCUCUCCUGGAAGAAGCUCUCCACGUCGCAUAACAAGAAGAAGAUCGAGAACAAGAACAAGUGUGCAAACCUGCCCACUGCCUGCUUCAAGGCCCAGCUCCUGGAGUCCUCCGCGUUCGCCUCCUCCUCGGACAAGAAUCGAAACAUCCAGCUGCACUGCAACCGCAUCGAGGAGCACAACCAGCAGCACUGCAACCAGCAUCAGCACCAGCAUCAGCAUCAGCACCAGAAUCAGAAUCAGAAUCAGGCCCAGGACAUCCGCGAGGAGGUCAUCACCGGACCGCCCAGCAAAUCGCAGAACCCUUCCAAGGCGAAAGACCCCGUCAAGGUCAACAACAAGAACUCGAUAUCGCACCACAACAAGCUCAUCCAGAAGCAGCCCCUGACGCUCAGCCUGCCCCAGCAAGUCCAGGCAUCGUCCAUUCAGAUCAAAAAUACCAACCAGAUCCCUCGCAAGACCGUCAUUCAGGCAUCUACUUCGGAAUUGCUUAAGUGCUUGGGAAUGUUUUUGCACUGUCGUUGUCAAAGACUAAACAACUUCGAUGCCGGAGAUGCUGUAAUGUGGCUGAGAGCUGUGGAUCGCAGCCUUUUGCUCCAAGGAUGGCAGGAUGUAGCGUUUAUAAACCCGGCAAACGUGGUAUUUGUCUACAUGCUAGUUCGCGAAUUGGUUAGCGGAGAAGAGAGCAAGGAAUCAGAUCUUCAGGCUUCAGUACUCACCUGUUUGUAUCUGUCCUACUCGUACAUGGGCAAUGAAAUUAGCUAUCCUCUCAAACCAUUUUUGGUUGAAGACUCAAAGGAAAAGUUUUGGGACAGAUGCCUCGUCAUUGUAAACAAGCUAAGUGAUAAAAUGCUUAAAAUCAAUGCUGAGCCUGGAUUUUUUACCGAAGUCUUUACUGAGCUGAAAUCUUGUGGUCAAUAUCAUCCUACAAUUAAAUCGUACUGCGGAGGCGCCUGACGGACGGACGACCGGGAGAUUAUUGUCAACCUCUCAUUGUCUGCGCAUCGCCAGAAAUUUCCCGACGAAAUGAUGGCGAAGUACCGUUAAUAAAACUUAAUAUUUUAUAAAACAUUAGACAAUUUCAUUAUGUCACUAUCACAAUCGUUCAAAUCAAA